AGAUAAUAGUAUUGAAAACAAUAUAAAAAGAGAAAAGGGUAAUAAUGAUAAAUAUGAAUAUGAACAAAAGGACUGAUGAAAAGAGGGUUUUGCAUCACCUCAAUCUCUGUCUGGUUAUUCUAGAUAUUUUGAUGGUUCCAAUAAUGGCAAGUUAUGUGAAUAUCGAUGACUUCCUGCUGACACUUAUCAACUUCCAUGGCUUCUUCCUGUUUCCUAGCUUGGUCUAUCAUGUAUUCCCUAAAGUGAUCACUAACUUUUGGUACAGAUCUUUCUGUUACAUGCUGAUAUUCUUAAACUUGGCUCUACUUGCAAUGUCAGUAUCUUUAUUUGUGGUAAUCCAACACCCAAUUACAAAAUUAGUCAUGGUAGUAUUUAUCCUAUUUGCUGUACUACCUACCGCUAUGGUCUCAGUUUCAUUUAUGUUGCUCCUGAGAAUCAAUGAGAAACAACCGGAGAGGCCAACUUAUAUGCUUGGCCAAGAUGGCAGACUUUACCAAGCCAUGCUCAUGGUUUAAUCCUU